GACGUGAUUAAAAAGCUUGCCUACGAAAUAUUCUAUGAGCAUAAACAAUUAUCUGAACAACAGAUAAAAGAACGUUUUAAAGAAAAAUUAGACAGUGAUGAACAUUACGUUGAUUUUCUCCAGAAGUCUAAUGAAAGAGGUUUAACCUUUGAUGAGUUGUGGAACAGAAAAAUGUAUUCCUCUAUAAGUACUAAAGAGUUAAAGAAAAUUUGUGAUCGACAUUUGCCUAUCGAUCCUGAAGAUGUGCAAGCUGACACAUAUAUUUCUCUAAUAAUUAAAUCCAUUUUUACGGUUGAAAAAGAACUUAUACAAUUAAAUGGGUUUGGGUUCAUGAUAACUGACACUGAAAUGGACUCAGAUGUAUACGAUCAUUAUUCUGCGGUGUAUUUGCCUUCUAAUCAAUUG